AUGAAAAUGGUUCAAGGACAACAAAUGUGCGAAGCAAAUAGCGCAGAUUUUAGGGGAAUGUGUUUGAGAUGGAGGAAUUGCAAACAAGUAUGUAUCAGUGAAUUUCCUGAUGGUCGAUGCGAGGGAUUUAUCCGAAAAUGCGUUUGCAGGAAGCCUUGCUUUUUGAAUUAA